GCGGCAGGCACACCAUUCCUCUGAGGCCCGCGCGACCUCCCCGGAGCGGCCGAGCCCCUCCCAGCCCGCCGCCCCCAGCGACCCAGCCCAGAUGGACGGGUACCCCUCGGCGGCGGCCACGCCGCCAGCAGCGCCAUCCAAGGCCCCUGGGCGUCUCGAGGGCAAGAUUGCUCUGAUCACGGGGGCCUCGACCGGCAUUGGCGCUGGUGUUGCCGUGGCCUACGCCAAAGAGGGUGCAGACGUGGCGAUCAAUUACCCUGCGAAGGGGGAUCUGGAGAAGGCGGGCGAGGUGGCGCAGGAGGUCCAGAACCUCGGCAGGCGUGCCUUCCUUGUGAUGGCGGACGUAUCCAAGGAAGACGAGGUUGACGCAAUGGUGAAGGCAGUUCUCGAUCAUUUCGGCACGCUGGAUAUUUUGGUAAACAAUGCUGGCAUCCUCGUAGGCCCAGCGCCCAUUCACGAGAUGGCCGUGGAAUCAUGGGAUCGACUAAUGUCGGUCAACUUGAGAUCGGUCUUCCUCGUCACGCGCAGGGUUCUACCCCACAUGCUGGAGAAAAACAACGGCGGGAAGAUCAUCAACACGGCCAGCCAGCUCGCUCAGAAGGGGGCGCCCACCUUUGCGCACUACUGCACCGCCAAGGCUGGGAUCAUCGCGUUUACCCGGACCCUAUCACUGGAGAUAGGCGACAAGAAGGUAAACGCCAACUGUGUCGCCCCCGGCGCCACCUACACACCGAUCCUCGCGGACGUGCCCAGGGAGGUCCUCGGCGCGAUCGAGCAGGGCAUCCCGAAGAAGCGCAUCGCCGAGGUCGACGACGUGGUGCCGUCCUACGUCUUCCUGGCCUCCAGGGACGCGGACCACAUUGUCGGGCAGACGAUCAGCCCGAACGGGGGGGACGCCUUCUUCUGACGGGGCGGGCCGACGGGGCCCCGCCGCUUGCGGCUGGCCCUCCUCCUCCUCCUCCUCCUCCUCCUCCUCCU